CGCACGCGCUUGAGUGCGCGCCCGGUGGGGCGGGCCGGGACUCACCGCUCUCACGCCCUUGGGCCCAGGCCCGGCGACCGCUUUCCUUUCCGCUUCCGACCCGCGCCUUGUUGGUGGAGUCAGUGUAUGUGCGGCAAUAACAUGUCUGCCCCGCUUCCCGCCAUCGUACCCGCCGCCCGGAAGGCCACCGCUGCGGUGAUUUUCCUUCAUGGAUUGGGAGAUACAGGGUUGUCUUUUCACUUCAUACUGUCUUUUGAAGCACAGCAAUUUUUAAUUUUGAUGAUUAAAUAUUUUUCUUUGUUGCUUAUGCUUGUGGUCACAUAUCGAAGAAACCAUUGCCAAGUGCAUGGAUGGGCAGAAGCCUUUGCAGGUAUCAGAAGUUCACAUAUCAAAUAUAUCUGCCCACAUGCACCAGUUAUGCCUGUAACAUUAAAUAUGAACAUGGCUAUGCCUUCUUGGUUUGAUAUUAUUGGGCUUUCACCAGAUUCGCAGGAGGAUGAACCUGGAAUUAAACAGGCAGCAGAAAAUGUAAAAGCCUUGAUAGAGCAAGAAGUGAAGAAUGGCAUUCCUUCAAACAGAAUUAUUUUGGGAGGAUUUUCUCAGGGAGGAGCUUUAUCUUUAUACACUGCUCUUACCACACAGCAGAAACUGGCAGGUGUCACUGCACUCAGUUGCUGGCUUCCACUGCGGGCUUCAUUUCCACAGGGUCCUAUCAGCGGUGUCAAUAGAGAUAUUUCUAUUCUUCAGUGCCAUGGAGAUUGUGACCCUUUAGUUCCUCUAAUGUUUGGUUCUCUUACUGUCGAAAAGCUGAAAACAUUGGUAAAUUCAGCAAAUGUAACCUUCAAAACGUAUGAAGGCCUGAUGCACAGUUCAUGUCAACAGGAAAUGAUGGAUAUCAAGCAUUUCAUCGAUAAACUCCUACCUCCAGUUGAUUGACACCUCUAAGGGGCCUUGUGUAGAAGUACACACCAGCAUUAUUAUAGUAGAGUAUAAACCUUUUCCUGUGCCCAAUCUUGAAACUUAUAAAUGUUUGCAGUGUUAAAAUGUUUUGCAAAUACACAUCAGUGACACAGAUUAAUAUCUCUUCAUGGGAAAUUUAUGAUCUAUUAAGUUUCAAUACAUGUAUUUGUAUAUGAUCCAGAAUAUACUAGCAUUAAAAUAAGUGAAGCAGCUAGCUCUUUUUCCCAAAUGUAAUUUGGUAAAAUAAUAAAAUGCUGCAACCAGGUUUUCUAUUACAUUAUUUGAAAAUUAUUAGUAUGCUAAUGAAAACUUGUUCAGGUAUAAAUGAGUGGUUAAAAUAUAAACUACUUAUGAAUGCUAUACUUAGUCUGUGAACUUAUUCCCAAAAUACCUAGUCACCAUGCAGUAUCUUUAUUUUUUAUAUAUAUAUUUAGAUUAACUCGAUCAUUAUAAUAAAUAAAAAGAACGAAGCGUAAUUACCUUAUUCCUAAUAAUAGGGAUAUUACUACUAAGUGUCAAUAAAGAGUAAUAUUGCUCUCUUCACUUAAUGGCCCUUUUAUUUUGGGGACCAGGCUUUUCUUUCCCUGUUACAAUUUCUUAAUAUUCGAUUUUCCUCUCUGGAAAAGCAGUGUAUUUUCUUUUUAUCCUUCAAAGUAGACCAAUAUUGCCUAUUUGCCGUAGACAUCUGCUGUGAAUACAUGCUGUAUUGAUAAUUGGACAUUCUGACUCACAGACAUGGUGGUAUUUAAGAUGUAUUUAUACUUAUAUAAAGAAACCAAACAUCACUUCAAACUUCCUACAUUACUUAUUUUUUGAACUGUACCUUAGUCCAAAGUUAGACCUAUAUAGUUAUUAGAAUCUUCAGUCCAGAUAGGAAUAAUUAUGUGGUUGUAUUUUUCUGCAAUUCAGAGAAUUACUAGGUCAUAUUCUAGUAUGUUCUGGAAUAUUUAAGACUGAUCUUAAAAACUAAUUUCUAAAAUGAUUUGCUCUAAGAUGAUUCUCCUUGUAGCAUAGAGUUUUAGUUUACAUAUUUUGUACAUAUGUUUGAAAUCACCUACUGUAGGAAAUGAACAAUCCAUUAGAAAAAUUUGUUUUACUUUUAUCUGCAAUGGACUUAUUUGAAAUUUUCAUUUUAGCAGAUGAUUUUUUAAAAAUUAGUUUUUGUGCAAAGAUAAAAGGAGCAAUUAUUUUAAAUAGUUGAAUCUUUUAGAUUAUUGGUAAAAACUAUUUGAAAAUGAAUUUAUCAGUUUAAAGGUUAAUCAGAACUCAGUACAUAUGGGACAGUUACCACACGGUUUAACAUGUAGCAAAAAUAUACACUUCAUUUUUCUGAACUAUUAAUUUUUAUUCUGUGUUCCAACUGACUAAAACAGUGUUAGGAAUGCGUCUUUAUAAAUGGGUGCUAAUUGAUAAUAGAAAUAAUUUAGCAAUGGAUUAUAUAGAAUGUUAAUAAUGAAGCCAUAUGUUUAUGUCCAGAUUUAAAAUUUUUAAACAUUCAGUAAGUCAUUUUGAUUUACCUUUAUGAAUAUAAACUUGUUUCAGUUAUACAAAUCAGCAAGAUAUGAUUUAUGGCAAGAGAUAUUCUGUUGAAGUGUGCUGUAAUGUGGGAAAAUGUAAAUCUUUUCCACAGUUUCUAUCAAUGUGAAAUAAAAUUUAAUUCUGA